UUAUUUGGACAAGAAACAUCAAUGGUGGAUCAGGGAGGCUUCUCUUCUUGAGGAAAAGGCAAUGGCGGAUCAAUUCCUCCUGGGCAUCGUCACGGCUUCGAUCCUAGUGUUUCUUCUCCUGAUAAGGUUCCGGGGAUGCAGGCGGAAGGCUCAUCUGGCCCCCGGAAAAGGGAGUUCCUGCUCUAUUCGAGCUGGAAAGGGUGGCGCUGGCGCUGGCACUGACGUUAUCAUCGUCGGCGCCGGAGUGGCAGGCUCUGCCCUAGCGUACACGCUUGGAAAGGAUGGUAGACGUGUACAUGUAAUCGAGAGAGAUUUGUCUGAACCUGACAGAAUUGUUGGUGAACUUUUGCUUCCUGGAGGGUACCUAAAAUUGCUAGAGCUGGGUCUGGAAGACUGUGUUGAUGAAAUCGAUGCUCAACGAAUCAUUGGUUAUGUCCUUUACAAAGAUGAGAAAAGCACCAGGCUCACAUACCCUUUGGAGAAAUAUCAUGAAGAUGUUGCUGGGAGGAGCUUUCGUAAUGGGCGUUUCGUCCAAAGAAUGCGAGAGAAAGCAAUUUCCUUGCAUAAUGUUCAGCUGGAGCAGGGAACAGUCACGUCCUUGAUUGAAGAAAAUGGAACAGUCGAGGGAGUAGUUUACAAGACUAAUUCUGGCGAAGAGCAGCGCAAAGCUUUUGCACCACUUACAAUUGUAUGUGACGGCGCCUUCUCAAAUUUGAGACGGACACUCUGCUCUCCAAAGGUGGAUGUGCCUUCUUGCUUUGUCGGUAUGGUUCUUGAAAAAUGUCAGCUUUCAUUUCCCAACCGCGGUCAUAUAAUCUUAGGAGACCCUUCAAUAACACUGUUUUACCCAAUAAGUAGCACUGAGGUUCGUUGUCUGGUCGAUGUGCCUGGAAACAAGAUACCGUCUGUUGCUAAUGGUGAAAUGACAAAUUUCCUGAAGACUGUUGUGGCCCCUCAGGUUCCGACUGAACUGCAUGAUCCUUUUAUUGAGGCCAUUGAUAAAGGAAGCUUUAGGUCUAUGCCAAACAAAAGUAUGCCGGCCGCUCCACAUCCUACACCCGGAGCACUCCUGUUAGGGGAUGCUUUUAAUAUGCGUCACCCACUUACCGGAGGCGGAAUGACGGUUGCCUUGUCUGAUAUUGUUGUGCUCCGUGACCUCCUGAGGCCCAUCGCUGAUCUCCAUCAUGCAUCUUCUGUUUGCAAAUACCUGGAAUCCUUCUACAUCUUAAGAAAGCCGGUAGCUUCUACGAUAAACACAUUGUCAGACGCCUUGUACCAGGUAUUCCGUGCCUCAUCUGACAGAGCUAGGAGCGAAAUGCGCCAAGCCUAUUUCGACUACCUGUGCGUCGGUGGUGUUAAUUCGAGUGGACCGAUCAGCUUACUCGCCGGUCUUAAUCCUCGUCCUGUGAGUUUGAUGGCUCACUUCCUUGCUGUUGUGAUCUAUGGGGUUGGUCGGCUGAUUUUUCCAUUUCCUUCGCUCGAGAAUAUGUGGAUUGGAGCUAGAUUGAUUUUCAAUGCAUCAGGUAUAAUUUGCCCUCUCAUAAAGGCAGAAGGGAUCAGGAAAAUGUUCUUCCCUGCGACUGUUCCUGAAUAUUACAGAGGCCCUCCAUCCAACUGAGAUGUGUGUUUACCUAUUUGGCCAAAUCUCAUAAUUGCUAGGAAGCUCGUCAUCGAUCUACUCUGACGAGUUAGAGUUACAAGGUUAAUAACUGUGCUCAAGUUUUAAGAUUGUUAAGACAUUCAGAAUUUUACAACUCUUAGCAUUUUACCCUUUAAUUACCGACUCCAAUAAAUGGAAUAAGGUGUUGGAGGGAUAUUAUCCCAUUUCUGUCUCACUAUUAUUCUGUUGAUUACUUGACAGUGUAUUUUGAAUUGAACUAAAAUGAGUGGCUUUCCAGUA